AUGUUAUACGCUUACGGUAGGCAUCAUCCAAUUUUAACAUCAUCAUCAUCUCAUGAUCAAGAUCAAGAGUCAUCACGUUCUAAUCAUCGAUUAUAUCGUUAUAAUCAUGAACCAGUAUCAUCUAAUUUACUUAGUCGUGACAUUUCGUCAAUACUUAUUUUACUAUUUUUUCUAUUUCUUCUUGUUAUUUCAUUAUCACAAAUUCUUGUUGUUCAUACAUCACGUUAUGGAGCUAAUUUUUCAGCAAUGCAAAAAAUUCAAGAUGAACUUAAACAAAUGGAUGAAAGUAUGGAAGCUCUUUUACGUGAUAAUGUUUUACCUAUAGACAAGUGGCGUCUUCUAUUUCAAAUUCAAACAUAUCUUUAUCGAUUUGAAUUAUUAUUUGAUUCAUUUAAUAAUGAUUCAGAUUUAAUUAUAAAUAAUCAAGUAAAUAAAAAUUUCGAUCAAAUAAAAACAAAUAUAACUAUUAAACAAUUACUAAAACCAUUAUUAAAUAAAUCCGAUGAAUUAUUAUUACAAGAAAAUAAUAGUGAUCAUUUAAUGAAUAAUUUAAAACGUGUACAAAAUCGUUUAGCUGCAUUAGUUGAUGAAGACGAAAAUUUACAUUGGAAAUAUCGAGAAACAAAAAAUAAUUAUACAAAUAAUAAUGAUAAUAAACGAAAAAGAAAUUAUUGUCAAGAAGAACCUCGUUAUCUUUAUGGUCGAUAUCUUGAUGAAAAUUCAACUUUUCCUAAUGUAUCAUUAUAUGAAAUAGAAACUAAUUAUACCAAUGUUAGAUCUGGAGGGCAAUGGUCUCCAUCUCAUUGUAUUGCUCGUCAUAGGGUAGCAAUCAUUAUUCCAUAUCGAGAUCGAUAUGAACAUUUAGUAACAUUACUUUAUUAUUUACAUCCAAUAUUACAACGACAAGAACUUGAUUAUAAAAUUUAUGUUUCGGAACAAACAGGAAAUGGAACAUAUAAUAAAGCUGUAUUAAUGAAUGCUGCUUUUAUAUAUGCAUCUAGUGAAUAUGAUUUUCAAUGUUUUGUCUUUCAUGAUGUUGAUUUAAUACCAGAAGAUGAUCGUAAUAUGUAUUCAUGUCCAGUUUUUCCAAGACAUAUGUCUGUUGCUGUUGAUGAAAUGAAUUAUAAAUUAACUUAUGAAGAACUUAUUGGCGGGGUAUUUAAUAUACGUCCUGAUCAUUUUUUAACAGUUAAUGGUUAUAGUAAUCUCUAUUGGGGUUGGGGAGCGGAAGAUGAUGAUCUUUAUUAUCGAUUAAAAGAAUUAUCUAUAAAGGUAAUUCGUCCACCAGCGACAAUAGCUCGAUAUAAAAUGUUACCACAUACCAAACGAGUACCAUCGAUAUGGAAUAAACGGGCAAAAUUACUUUAUUCAGCAGCUAAACGUUAUACAUGGGAUGGUGUGUCAUCAGCUCGAUAUAAUCUCACGUCUGCAAUAGCUUAUCCAUUAUUUACACAUCUUUUGAUCGAUGUUGGUUUGCCGCCACCUGGUUUUAGUUAA